CACACACACACACACACACACAGAGGGAGGUGUUCUGCUUUCAAAAUCAGACAGCAGAGUUUCUCCAGCAGACACAGACGUUGGAGUUUCCUCCGUUUUCUUCUUCUUUGUGUCCACAGAGAGAAGAAGAGGAGCGGACCCCAGUCUGCAGAAAGACCCAGAGCUGCAGAUGUUGGUCUGCAGGAGAUGUUUGGAGAACAUCAGAUCAGUCUGAGGAGCAGAAGUGAACAUGUGGCUGAAGGAACUGAAGAAGCAGGAAGAGAAACGCUCCUCAACAGGGUCUACACUGAGCUCUACAUCACAGAGGAACUGAGACCAGAGGGUCACACCCAACAUGAGGUGAUGCAGCUGGAGACAACCACCAAGACCAACCAGCUCCAUGACACUGCAAUCAAGAACCCAGACAUCUUCAAAGUCCUCCCUGACCAACAGAGACCCAUCAGAGUGGUUCUGACCAGCGGAGUUGCUGGAGCUGGAAAAAGCUUCUCAGUGCAGAAGUUCACUCUGGACUGGGCCGAGGGCUUGGAGAACCAAGACAUCAGUGCUGUGGUUCCUCUGUCCUUCAGGGAGAUGAACUUGAUCAGAGAUGAGCAGCACAGUCUUCUCACUCUGAUCCAGCUGUUCCAUCCAACACUCCAGAAGAUCCCAGCAGAACAGCUGUCUGUCUGCAAACUUCUGUUCAUCUUUGAUGGUCUGGAUAAAAGCAGACUUUCUCUGGACUUCAACAACUGUCCGCUGGUGUCUGAUGUCACACACAAGUCCUCAGUCAACGUGCUGCUCACUAACCUCAUCCAGGGACGUCUGCUGCCCUCAGCUCUGGUCUGGAUCACUUCCAGACCUGCAGCAGCCAAUCAGAUCCCUCCUUCAUGUGUGGACAGACUGACAGAAGUACGAGGCUUCAAUGAUGCUCAGAAGGAGGAGUACUUCAGGAGGAGGUUCUCAGAUGAAGAGCUGUCCAGCAGAAUCAUCUCCCACAUCAAGGGCUCCAUGUCCCUCUACAUCAUGUGUGAAGUUCCAGUCUUCUGCUGGAUCACUGCUGUGGUUCUGGAGAACCUGCUGACCACAAAGAAGAGAAAAAAGCUGCCCACCACCCUGACUGACAUGUACUCCCACUUCCUGAUGGUCCAGACAAAGAGGAAGAAGAACAAGUACCAGCAGGAACAUCAGACAAGUCCACAAGAGCUGACAGAGACUGACAGGGAAGUUCUUCUGAAGCUGGGGAGGCUGGCAUUUGAACAUCUGGAGAAAGGAAACAUCAUGUUCUACCAAGAAGACCUGCAGCAGUGUGGUUUGGAUGUCACAGAGGCCUCAGUGUACUCUGGAGUUUGUACUGAGAUCUUCAGAAGAGAGUGUGAGAUCUUCCAGAAAGCGGUCUACAGCUUUGUUCAUCUGAGCGUUCAGGAGUUUCUGGCUGCAGUCUACAUGUUCCACUGUUACUCCAAAGGGAAGGAAAAAGUCAUUGAGGACUUUCUGAAGAACAAUAUGGAGAACACAUCCCUGGAUGAGUUUCUAAGUAGAGUCAUGGAGAAAUCCCUGCAGAGUCAAACUGGACACCUGGACCUGCUGGUUCGCUUCCUUCAUGGUCUCUCUGUGGAGUCCAACCAGAAACUCUUAGGAGGCCUGCUGGGUCAGAGAAAGAAGACUCCAGAAACCAUCCAGAGACUCUUAGGAUGCCUGCUGGGUCACACAGAGAAGGAUCCAGAAACCAUCCAGAGAGCCAUCAACAACCUGAAGAUCAACAGUGAAGGAGUUUCUCCUGACAGAAGCAUCAACAUCUAUCACUGUCUGAUGGAGAUGAAGGACCUCUCAGUUCAUCAGGAGAUCCAAGAGUUCCUGAAGUCAGAGAACAAAUCAGAGAAGAAACUCUCAGAGUUCCACUGCUCAGCUCUGGCCUACACUCUGCAGAUGUCAGAGGAGGUUCUGUAUGAACUGGACCUGGACCAGUACAAGACAUCAGAUGAGGGUAAACGGAGACUGAUCCCAGCUGUGAGGAACUGCAGAAAGUUCAGAAUUCCACAUUGUGGACUCUCAGAGACUCACUGUGAAAUUGUGACCUCAGCUCUGAAGUCCAACCCAUCCCACCUGACAGAACUGGACCUGAGCAGCAACAGCCUGGAGGAUUCAUCCAUGAAGUUUCUGUGUUCUGGACUGGAGAGUCCAAACUGCAGACUGCAGACUCUGAGGUUGAAGGACUGCUGUUUGUCAGAGAUCAGCUGUGAAGUUUUGGUCUCAGCUCUGAAGAAAAACCCAUCUAAUCUGACAGAACUGGACCUGAGCUGGAACCAGAACCUGCAGGAUUCAGGAGUUCUUCGUCUGUGUGGUUUUCUGGAGAGUCCAGACUGCAGACUGCAGACUCUGAGGUCAGUAAAGAAGCUGAACUCCCUGAAGGAUGAGAAGAAUAGAUCAGGUGAAGAACUUUCUGAUGUUUUACUGGAAGAUUUUCUGUCUCCAGCCGUGUUUGAAACAAACUGAUGAUUGGUUCAGAUUUUCUUCAUCAAUUGAAUUGAUUGUUCUGAUGAUUGAUAGAAACUGAUCUGUUUCAAUCAGGAUCUUGUAAAUCAGGAUCCCCAACCUAUUUUAGAACACGGAUCCAUUUCAUGUCAGAAAAAUGUUCACACAUCGGCCUGUAGAAAGUUCAAGUUGGCGUCCAAAUUAGUUUCAGCUUACAGUUUUCAGAAAACCAUUCAAAGGAUACUACAUCAAAUCUAUUUGAAGAAAAUAGUUUGAAAAGAUCUUUAAAUAUUGAAUCUAGAACAGACACUUCCUUUGAAUGUCACUAGUACAACAAAUACACACAAAGUGUUCUUUGGUCAGUGCAUCAUUCAGUCACUGAAAACCAGAAAUGACUGCAGAUUCAUUU